CCUUCUCGCACCUUCCCGGCUGGAUGCUUCCCAGAAUACGGGGGGGGUUAGCCUGGGUUAAAGGAGGACCGGGGGCAGCACAUCGCUCUCUACGGCCACCUGGAAGGAGGCUGUAGACAGGUGGAUGUCGGUCUUUUCUCCCAAGUAGCAAAAGAUAGAAGAAGAGGAAACAGCCUCAAGCGGGACGAGGUGGUGGUGUGACCGUCCCUGGAGGUAGAUGUGGAUGUGUCACUUGGGCUCACGGUUUGACAGCGUUAGGUUAUGAUGGUGGAACUCCAUCCUGGAGGUCUUUUCCAACCUUAGUGAUUCAGUGACUCCCUCCAGCGCCGGUGCCGGGCCUGAGGCUGGUGCAGCCCUGCCGGGUGCUCCGCAGCCCUGCCGGGCUUGGCAGCGCCCGGGGGAAGAGCGGAGCGAUGCCGGGAUGAUGCAGCCGCCGCCCGCGGCACCGCCCGGCUGCCAGCGCCGCUCCGCGGGGAUCCGGCCCGGAACGCUCCUCUUCCAGCCCGAACUCCACGUGCAAAACUUCCCCGCAGAGCCCAGCCUGAAAACCGCCGGAACCGGGUGUUUCUACAGCCAGCACGGCUGUCAGGGCUGACACUCAACAAACGUCUCCGGGUGCUGCUGGCCCAGGCUGCAGCACCGGGGCUGCGGAGGCGCUUCCUGCAAUUGUGAAGCCAGGGAUGGGUUCGUGCGCUGGAAGUUUGUGAUAAAAGUAAUGGGUGAACAGUACGUCCUGCGUCUCGGGAGUUUCCUCCUGAAAUUUAGGAAAUUGUGACAACUUCCAAGUAUCGUUAUUACAAAAGAGGUGGCAAGUGCUGCCAAGCCUGUACAAACCAGGCUUUGUGGCAGCAGUGGCGGACAAGGUGCUGGCAAACUGUAGAUUAGGAUGUUCUUCUGCUGGUCUCUAACACAUAUGGUCUGUAACAUAUAUGGGCUAAGUUCUGGUGCAACAUGCAAAGCAGCUCAGUUUUUGCUUAUGGUGUACAUUUAUACUAAUGUAAGUAUUGGUGUCAUUUGAUGGGUUAAAACUUCCUUGCUCUGCAAAGGGUGCAAGACUUUCGGGAGGCUGGGCAGAAAAAAAUGUGUUGAGUGAUAGCCAAGUGCAUGAAAUUUGUUUAUUGGUACAGUCUGUUUUCACUGGUGGGAGCUCGUUCUCCUGCACCUUUAGGAGAUUAAAUUAGGUUCCACUUUUCUAGAGGUUGCUGAUUCCCUAAGCAUAACUGAUGUGUACCAUGAUAUAGAAGUAUAGAAGGCUGCAUGGGUCCAGUGAUCCCUGGUGAAAUGCCCCGAGGAAAGUAUCCAUUUGAAUUUGGUCGGGGUUUUGUGUUUUUAAAAGUUCUUACUCUACUUCUUUCUGUCUUCCUAAGCAGGCAAAAUCCAAGUAAGCUACCUGAAAGCCUGUAUCUUCUCAUGUUAGAUCAAAUGGGCACUGGAGGAGUUGAGGUGGUGCCUAGUGCUGGGGAAACUCAAAGCAAGAAGAGAGGGGAUCAGCACCCAAGCCUUUGGAGGGACAUUUCUUUCAAAGCCUCUGCUCUUCAUAGAGAGGGUUUAUUGUCCCCUGUAUCUGGCACAUGCUUUCUGUAAGCUGCUUUAUUUUCUGUGGGCCUUACUGCUCCUGUAAGUGAGCUGGACUUCCUUUUGCAGAGAGGGUGGAAGAGAAUGUAGUUGUCAUAUAAAGCCAAGAGGAGAGGGAUAAAGAGACACAAAUUACUUCAGCUCUUAUCUGUCCUGAGGAUAAACAGUUACAAUUGGGCUGUGAAGUUGAAAUAAAGUUUCCAAACCCCCGAGGAGUUGCAUGUGCAAUAACUGUUGCAAGAAGAGUGUUGGGGACACAUCCUUUCUGGUGUUAAAUGAGUUUGAGAGGUGCUUGUUUGACACAGCAGGGGUUUUGACCUGUCAUGGCACGAGUGACCUCAGACCAGGUCUUUCUCAGGCCUGGCAUGGGGAGAAAAGUUCUUGGUUCACACCCGGGCCAGGUUCAGGUUGGAGAUGGUCACAGGAUGGCUGCCCAGGGGACUCUGUGGGAUGAUUAUAGCACUUGGUCCAUUUUCCAGUUUGCCAGCACCGUGUCACAGAGGCAGCUUUGUGUAGAUCCUGGUGCACGUUCCUGUUGGCUGGUGACUUUGGGUUGAACUUGAAUGUAAAUUCUUGGCUCUUUCUGGAAGCUUUUCCUUUUGAUUCUGGCAAGGGGAGGACAGAGGCACGUUCCCUCUAAUGUGCACAGAGAGCUCUAAUUUGUGCUUUCAGUCUGGCAUCCUUUAUGAAGUGCUCAGGAAGGGGAUGGGUCAUAAUCAUAGAGCAACUCUUGUUUUCUGCAGCAUUUUCCUUCUGAGGGGGAUUUAAGCUGUCUUACUGCUCUUUUCCAGGGUUCCUCUCUGGCACUGGUAGAGUUAAUAGCAGUGGAGUCUUUCUGAUUCUAUGCUGCUCACUGCUGUGUGUGUCUUGGAAAAGCCAAACUCUCUGGCAGGCCUGCGUGCCGUGUCCUGGAAAGCAGGCUGGAGCCCUUGGGGUGCACUUGGUGAAGCUGCACUGUGGGGUUGGCUUUGGUGAAGAUCCCUCUUUCCAUUUGCCCCAGGAAUGUGAGUGCCACACGCAGUGUCCAGUUUGCCCCUGUGGCUGCUGCCAGGAGGGUGAUCUGUCCACGCCUGGCUGGGACAGCAUUGCAGGAAUGCUGGGAGGCUGCAGUGCUGCCCGGGGCUCUGGGAGCUGCUGGGUAUGGGGACAGCAGGAAAGGAUGCUCCGUGCAGCUUUCCAGGCUUGCUGCAUUCCAGCCAGCCCAGAGGUCUCAAGCAGAGCUGGAAGCGCAGCGUGCUGGGAUUCUGUGCGCAGUGGGCACCCUAUUCAUCCAGAAUAGGAAGCAGUCCCUGCCCUGAGCAGCUAAACAGGAUCAAAAGCAAGAAUAGACUUGGGCAAAACUCAAACCCAGGAGUGUGCCAAGCAGGAGGCUUGGCAGUGUCCCUCCAUUAUCUUCUGCUGCUGGACUCGGAUGCUUGGUCUGAAGUGCUGACGCACAUAUGUAAUUUGCCCCUUCUUUAGCUCUCUGCUGAUCUCUCUGGGUGUUUUUUCUCAGAUCUGCUCCAUCCUCAAUCUUGACUAGCUAAACAAGGAGAAUUACUGCUGAGUAAUACCUGCUUCUUGCUCUGCAGAGUGUAAAAUGUUAUGUCUGCAGUUCCUCCAGCUCCCCUUUGCAGGCAGAAUAAGAGCCUGGCUUCAGGAGAGGGCACUUUUUGGUGCCUGUGUUAGGCUACAGCUUUGCUGAAUUUCUGUCUGUCCCUACUUCCAAAUAGUAAAUAAAUACACCAGGGUGGAGAAACCAAAAGCCUACAGAUAUGUGUUUUGUGUUUUGGGACAAGCUGACCUAAUACUUUGACAUGUGACUGUAUCUGGUAUUGUUCCUCUUUGUUACUAAAUUCCUGUCUAAUGUUUGAAACCUGGACUUUAGUCAUUAAAACCCACCACCCCUGAGACACAAGCACAACCAUGCAGGGGACUUUUUCCUAAGUCAUUCACUGCAAGGCUGCAGUGAACUUCAGAGGUACUGAGCACCUUUUCCCUGGGAAUGACAGAGCUCAGCACUUCUGCAUAUCUGGACUCGAGUUCUUCUGCAUCUCUGUGUAGGGUGGGGUUGAUGCUGUUUAAGGGUGGUGUGAACUGGCUGGGGAGCAACCUCUGUGUUUUGGGAAGAAGAGACACCCAGCCUUCAUUUUAACAAAACUUUUCAGGGCAGCUUGCCCUGAAGUGGCUUUGUUUUCAAAGCUGGUGUUUACAGCGUUUAUUCUGAAGUAAUUGGAAAUAUUUAGGAUGUCUGUGGAAAGGACAGCUCUUGUUUUUUAUCUGUAGGUGCUGCUCUGUGUUUAUAAUCAGAGCCUGGACUAUGCUUGGAGGGGUGGAGAACACUGUAGCUCCUCAGUUUGCUGUUUUGUUCUUCCCUGGCUGUAGGCACUGGCUCUUUGCUGGCUCGGGGAGAGCUCAGGGCUGGUUUGCCAGCCUGCCUCUGCACGGAGCCUUGGACCAGAAAACAUGCAGCAGGCUGGGGAGAUGGGUGUUCCCUGAGGAUCCUGUAGGAAGAAAGGGGCUGGGAGUCAUGGAAAGCAGACAGCAGUGAAAAGAUGGGGCUGGUUGAAGCAAAAAACUCAAACCUGCUGCACCCCUCAGAACAGAUUAUCUGAGCUGCUUCUUUAACAGUGAUUUCUCACCUGUCUUUGGUGAUCAAGGGUUGUUAGUGUUGAGUGUGAUAGAAAUAUAAAUUACAUCAAAGCAGGAAAAGAGGUUCUGACUCAACAGUGUCUGGGCACAAACACGGAUUUACCAGAGCAUCCUUAAUCUCCAAAAUCAUUCAGUUAAAGGUAAUCUGUCCUUUAGAUUUUUAUUGAUGCGUGGCUCUUAUCAGGACUGUAUCCCUUUGCAGGGUUAGAGAACAGUAGGAGAACUGUUUGUGUAAUCUUUGUCCCUGGCAAAAUGAAAUAGCUACCAAGAGAGGUCAUGGAAAUAACAUCUACAAGGUGCCUCCACACAGAGUAGAUAAGAUGGUGUCUUCAGGUCAGUGAUGUUCUCUCAGCAGGGAUUUGCUUUAGCUGCCGAGGCAGUGGCGCCUUCAGCCCUGUAUUCAUAACUCAAAUAAGGAAUUUGUUUGCAGCACAGAGCACCUUCAUGCAGAGAUGAGACCACAGUGUGAUACCAAAAGCUGAAAUCAUGGAUGGAGGCUUCCUACUUCUGUGUUAGAUAGUGUAAAAAUCAAGGAGGUCUGAAAGGCUCCUUCUCUGCAGCACCAUGCUGGAUCCCAAGCCUCACUCUGCAAGCCAGAGGUGAGUCCAGGUGAAAGCCAGCUACCACAGUAGUGUCAGGAUGACCAAAGCACGGCUCCUCCGUCUGUCUGUGGUGCUGGUCUCCGUCUUCAUGAUCCUCCUGAUUAUUGUGUACUGGGACAACGUGGGGACGGCUCACUUCUACCUGCACACAUCCUUCUCCAGACCCCGCUCCCCAGGAGCCAUCACAGCAGGUGAGGACUGGGAAGCCUUGCCAGAUGUAGAUGAAUUUUUGGCAAAGCUGCUGAGCUCGAGCCUGAAACAGAACACCUCUGUCCCCAGAAAGACAGAGCAGCUCCUCGUCCAGGGCUCCAACAAGCCUGUGGUGAGUAACUUGGAGGAGAACGUGCGGGGCUAUGACUGGUCUACGCACAAGGACAGGAACAGCUUGGACCAAGAGAAGCUGCAGGUAGAAAGGCAGAGAACAUUGCGAGAGUUUUGUGCCAAUUCCAGCUUCACCUUCCCCACCAAGGAGCGCUCCUUCGAUGACAUUCCAAACUACGAGCUCAACCACCUGAUCGUGGAUGACCGCCACGGUGUCAUCUACUGCUACGUGCCCAAGGUGGCCUGCACCAACUGGAAGCGUGUGAUGAUCGUGCUCAGUGAGAGCCUGCUGGACCAGGGGGUUCCCUACCGGAACCCUCUGGACAUCCCCCGGGAACACGUCCACAACACCAGCACCCACCUGACCUUCAACAAAUUCUGGCGCCGCUACGGGAAGUUCUCCCGGCACCUGAUGAAGAUCAAGCUGAAGAAAUACACCAAGUUCCUCUUUGUACGAGACCCCUUUGUCCGCCUCAUCUCCGCUUUUCGCAGCAAAUUCGAGCUGGAGAACGAGGACUUCUACCGGCGUUUCGCCAUCCCCAUGCUAAAGCUCUACUCCAACCACACCAACCUUCCCACUUCUGUUAGCGAGGCCUUCGGGGCAGGCCUCAAAGUCUCCUUUUCUGACUUCAUCCAGUACUUACUGGAUCCCAGGACAGAGAAGAUGGCCCCCUUCAAUGAGCACUGGAGGCAGGUUUACCGUCUGUGCCACCCGUGCCAGAUAGACUAUGAUUUCAUCGGGAAGCUGGAGACGCUGGAUGAGGAUGCUGCUUAUUUAUUGCAGCUCCUCAAAGUGGACAGGCUGCUUCGCUUCCCACCCAGCUAUCGGAACAGGACUGCCAGCAGCUGGGAAGAUAACUGGUUUGCCAAAAUCCCACUGGCUUGGAGGCAGCAGCUCUACAAGCUUUAUGAAGCAGAUUUUGUACUCUUUGGCUACCCCAAACCAGAAAACUUGCUUAAAGACUGAAAGUGAUUGGGCACUGGGUGUGGGAGGGAACAUCUGAAAUACCAAAAAUGUUUAAAUCCUCCUCAUUUUUGCUCUUAACUCCCUUCCCAAUGCAAGUUGGUACAAUGGAAUAUAUUUUUUCUACUGCUUCCCCUUCCAUUUUUACAAUAAUGCCAGAGUCCAGGGUAUUACAGCCAGCUGUGCAUAUGCAAAAAAUGCCAUUUUUGGGGUUAUAAUUUGUUUUCUGUUUUUUAAAAUGUCCCCAUACUUUGCAAUGGGUUGCUGCCCUCGGUCACUCUGCCAAUCAUGUCCUUCAGUAGCUUUUUAUUAAUACUUUUUAAAAAUUAAUAUAUUUAAGAUAUUUAAAACAAAGCGUGUGUCAUGGCAAAGGAAGGGAAGGAAUAAAAAAAGUCAAAGAAAA